AAUGGGCUGAUAUGGGCUCGAGAAAACCCAACAGAUCUGAAUUUUGCAACAUGAUAAUUUGUUAGAUUUGUUUCCUUUGGUUAGGAUUAGGUAUGAUCAUUUAUAUGUGGUUCUGAUUCUUUAAAGAUAUGUAAAAAACGGCGAUGAAACAAUUAUUUUGAUUCCGGGGCGACGGAUUUUGCUUCUGCAACAAAUUCUUGAUUUUGCGUUGGUAGCCUUAGCAACAAGAAACAAACAAAAAAAUGGUCGAGACGCGAGCUCAGCAACGCAGGCGAGUGACAUCACUGACAUGGGAUGACGUAGAAUCUAAACAAGAUGUCUUUCGUGACAUCUUAUCUCGACUCUCAGUAAGGUCUAUCCGUUCAGUGAAAACGGUUAACAGAUACUGGCGUGACUCAGUUAGGGACAAACAUUUUGCUACGAUACAUCUCGCUCAAUCGAGAAAGAAGCCCUCAUACAUAGCUUGUCCUAGAGUAAACAACGCUAUGGAGCUGUAUUUGUUGAAGCCAGGGGAGUUCAACUUUCGACACCACGCUACAGUUGAUCCUCCGGGAAGAAACGCUGAGCACCACAUGCUCAUGAUAGCAUCGUUCAAUGGAUUAGUAUGCUGCAUCAACCAACUCUCUGAUGAAAAUGAAGAAGAUUUCCAGAUAUGGAUCUGCAAUCCUUCUACUGAACAGACUCUGCUUCUUCCUCAGGGCAGACCAUCGUUUUGGACUGAACCAAGCAUCGGAGUUGCAUAUGGUCCUGACAUGAGCGAGUACAAAAUUUUCCGCAUAGUCUCUGAUGGUGAGAAUGGAGCAGGUUUGCACAUAGAGUGUGAGGUGUAUUCUUCUAGCACUGGUGCGUGGAGGAUCAUCGGCGCUGUGCCUCAUCUUCCAAUGUAUGUUUUUCUUACCCCACACAGAUCCAGUCAUGUCUUUGUAGGAGGAAAAAUCUACUGGCUUGUUUCUUUGGAAGAUCCUGGUAUAAUCCUCUACGUGGAUAUGGAAGAGAGAUUCGGAGUUAUGGAGCUGCCUUACUAUUCACCAGACCUGCGUUACGAAGACAGGAUAACAGUUACGACGUAUCUGAUAAACCUGGGAGGAUCUCUGUCACUUGUAGUUCUACAUGUGGAUUACUUUGACAUAUGGGAGUGGAAAGAAGCUAGUUGGGUACUUGUAAUCGAAGAUUAUUUGCCAUUCAUGAACUUUUCUGAAACUGUAUUAUUCCUGACGUCAUCAGAGAAGGAGAUCCUGUGUGUGACUGAGUGGCAAUGGUGGACUUAUCAUGUGAAUACUAGAAAGUGGGAAGAAAGGGGCGGGCCUCCUACUCAAUUUACGAGUCCUGCUAUGUUCCCCUUCACCGAAAGCCUUCUUCCAUGCAAUGGUGGGGUGAGGCUAGAAGGAAGGUGAAGAAGAGUAUUUAUCAUUUCUGGCUUGCUGGUGGUGAUGGACAAAGUCUUUGCGUGGUGGUGCUUGAUUUAUCUUGCAGAGGCUGUGUUUCUCACUGGAUAUUCUGUUUUUAUUUUUCAGUUCUAAAACUUCUCAUUUCGUUUAACGUUUCUGGUUUGCAUCAUGUCCUAAACUUUUGGUUUUGAACUUUGUGUUUUAUCGUUUGUUUCGGUUUGUAAACCUUUAUCAACAGUAAUAAGCUGUGUUUCCGAACCAAGGUUUUCAUUUAUAUAAAAAGGGAAGCGUUUGU